AUGGCAUAUGAUCUGAGCGAACAGAGUUCUGGCUUCGCCAUACACAUCAUCAAGUACCUUACCAAACGAAAAAAAAAUCCAUUCCAGAAGAGACGGAGAGCCUAG